GUGGAGCCUGUUGGGUGUGGGACUCCAGACAAAGGCGACGCAAACACACUGACACAGGAUCACCGUGAAGGAGAGGCGAGACAGCGGGAGGGGAGACGCGCCACACAAACUCCUGGACUAGUUUUGUUUUCAAAUCUGGAAGAAAAAAAAACAAACUUUUUUUUUUUUUGCCAUGUGUUUGUCAGCUGUAUGGAUUCAUCUGUGAGCUGAGAGGCAUGUUUGUGUCGGAGCAGCAGCAGCAGCGGGGAACAUAUGCCGUGCGGAUGAUGAAGUGUGUGGGUUAGUGUGUUUGGGGAUGGAAAAGUGGGGCUGGCACGACCGACAGCUGUGCGCUUAGCUCUGCGCCAUGGGGGGGUGCCACAGCUACCCCUCGGCCACCAAGACGGACAGCAAGACUCCCUCUGACCUCAGCGGCCAAAAACUGGGAAUUAAUAACAAUAACCUGGAGGAGCGUCCGUAUCUGCAGCAGCAGUACGUGUGCCAGAGGAUCCCACACACGGACGUGUGCGCCCUCACAGCACUGCCGCCCGGCGUCGACCACGCAGAGUGGCUCGCCAGCAACACGGUGGCAUUUUUCAAGCAUAUAAACCUGUUCUCCAGUGCGCUGUCUGAGUUCUGCACACCCAGCACCUGCCCAACUGCCUGUGGACCAGGCAACACGGUUUAUGUUUGGACCGACGACCACGGCAGGAAGCUGAAGUGCUCCGCCCCGCUUUACUUCGACUACGCCAUGUCAUACAUUCAGGAGCUACUGACGGAUGAAGAUGUGUUCCCCACAAAAGCAGGGUCAGGUUUCCCCACGGGCUUCAUCUUUCUGGUCCAGAAGGUGUUUUUGCUGUUUUUCAGGACUCUGGCUCACAUUUACUGGGCUCACUACAAAGAGACGCUGGCGUUGGGCCUGCACCCACACCUCAACACACUCUUCACACACCUCAUACUCUUCUGCCGGCAGCACGCCCUGCUAGAGCCGGAGGACACUGAGCCGCUGCAGGACCUCAUCACAGCUCUGGGACAGCAAGGCGGAGCCUGAGGAGCAGACGCAAACAUUCAUCAUACCCAUUUACUUGUAUCUGGUUAUAAUGCUUUAUUAUGCAUCUCACCACGCUGGGCCAAACUUAAACAUACUUCACUGCAUGUAUUUUAUUUUAAAGGUCUGAAAGUACUGUUUUCUGAACAGUAUGCGGGAGAAUGAAUGAGUCUGUGUUGCUUUAAAAAGCAGCUCAUCAGACCGGCUCCUGUUGUAUAUAGCUUGUUCUCAUCAGUUACCGUGCUACUGCGUGAAAUUGUAUUAUUGCAUGUCUAUUUUAACAUUAUAGCGCAUUGUUAUAUUUUGAUAAGGUCAAGAAAUCUUCAAGGUAACUUAUGUCUUCCUCAUAAAUCGAAUCGUCCCCUGGUGUCCUCUCCUGUAAGACACCAGCCGACCCCGGACGGUUCAGUUGUUACAAACAAAACGUGCCAUCAUUAAUGCAAAUGUGACCACAACUGCAUGGAAACAGCACAGCUUAUCUCUACAUCUGUAAGUAUGAUACUGUAUUCUGUAAUAAACAAAAUGAAGGACAGUUUUCUGGAUACGA